AAUCUAUUUCCCUAUGCAAUAAAACCCUUCCUUUUCCCAAACACUAAUCCUUCAUUCAUUUUUUCUCCAACUCUUCUUUUUCUCUCUCUUUCCUCUGUUCUUUUUUUUUGCCCUAUCUAUUAGGGUUCCCGCGGAUUCAAACCUUAAUUCUUCUAUUACUCUCUUUCUCUCAUGCGUUCUUGCUCUCAACAACAAUCACACACCGCCAUCGAAGCCUUCGUUCUUUUCUUCUUCGUUCUCCUUUUUGCUCUCGUUCGAGGGUUCUUUCGUGGGGAACACUGCAGAUUUCACCACCCGGGUCUUAUUCAUCCGUGCCCAUGUCCAAAGUUCUCGGCUUUUCCGGAGUUGACGAUUUUUGCCCUAUGGGAUCAAUAUACGCCAACCCCAAGGAAGCAAGUUUCUUCUUGUCCCUUGGCCCUCAAGUUGAUGUAUACUUUCCUCCUCGGAAGAGAUCGCGUGUCAAUGCUCCAUUCGUUUUUGAUGGAGAAUGGUUCGAGCAAAAGCAGAAAACCUCUAUUGAAGCCUUGCCAGAUGAGUGUCUCUUUGAGAUCUUUAGAAGGUUGCCUGCUGGCGAAGACAGGAGUGCAUGUGCCUGUGUUUCCAAGCGCUGGCUUAUGCUUCUAAGCAGUAUUUGCAAAAGUGAAAUCUCUGUUAACAAAAAUACCACAGUAGAGAACCCUGAAAAGGAGGGUGAUGAUGUAGAAUUUGGAGGUAAGGGAUACCUCUCUCGAAGCUUGGAAGGAAAGAAGGCAACAGAUGUUAGACUGGCUGCCAUAGCUGUUGGGACUUCAUCUCGAGGAGGAUUGGGGAAGCUCUCAAUCCGUGGAAGCAACAUUGUUUGUGGGGUGACUAGUCAUGGUCUCAAGGCUGUUGCUCGUGGAUGCCCUUCUUUGAAGGCUCUUUCUCUAUGGAACGUUGCUACCGUUGGUGAUGAGGGCCUUAUUGAGAUUGCAAAUGGAUGUCACCAACUAGAGAAACUUGAUCUUUGCAAGUGCCCCGCAAUUACUGAUAAGGCUUUGGUUGCAAUUGCAAAGAACUGCCAGAAUCUGACUGAGUUGUCAUUGGAAUCUUGCCCUAACAUUGGCAAUGAAGGUCUACUAGCUAUUGGGAAGUUGUGCUCCAAUCUAAGGUUCAUAUCCAUCAAGGACUGCUCUGGUGUUAGUGAUCAGGGAAUUGCAGGAUUGUUUUCUUCAACUUCUUUGUUUCUAACAAAGGUGAAGCUCCAGGCACUGACUGUUUCAGAUCUCUCUCUAGCUGUUAUUGGUCAUUAUGGCAAGUCAGUUACUGAUCUUGUCCUUAAUUGCCUCCCAAAUGUCAGUGAGAGGGGGUUCUGGGUCAUGGGUAAUGGUAAUGGAUUGCAGAAGCUAAAAUCACUUACAGUUGCAUCUUGCAGAGGAGUAACAGAUAUUGGGCUUGAAGCUGUUGGAAAGGGUUGUCCAAAUCUGAAAAUUGCACACCUUCACAAGUGUGCAUUUCUGUCAGACAAUGGGUUGAUAUCAUUUGCCAAGGCUGCUUCAUCACUUGAGAGCCUACGAUUGGAAGAGUGCCACCGAAUUACCCAACUUGGGUUUUUUGGUGUCCUUUUUAACUGUGGUGCAAAAUUGAAGGCUAUCUCUUUGGUGAGCUGCUACGGGAUCAAAGAUCUGAACUUGGUGUUGCCAACAGUAUCUCCAUGUGAAUCACUUCGGUCUUUAUCUAUCAGUAAUUGCCCUGGAUUUGGCAAUGCCUCCCUCUCUGUAUUGGGAAAGCUGUGCCCUCAGCUUCAGCAUGUUGAAUUGAGUGGACUCGAGGGAGUGACAGAUGCAGGGCUUCUUCCACUCCUUGAGAGUUCCGAGGCUGGUUUGGUUAAAGUGAACCUUAGUGGUUGCACAAACGUUACCAAUAAAGUAGUUUCGUCCUUGGCCAAUCUGCAUGGUUGGACUCUUGAGAAUCUAAACCUUGAUGGUUGCAAAAACAUCAGUGAUGCUAGCUUGAUGGCAAUUGCUGAAAACUGUGCAUUGCUAUGUGAUCUCGAUGUCUCCAAGUGUGCUAUAACCGAUGCUGGGAUUGAAGCCCUGGCACAUGCUAAACAGAUUAAUCUGCAAGUUCUUUCUUUGUCAGGUUGCACUUUGGUCUCAGACAGGAGCUUGCCUGCGUUGAGAGAAUUGGGUCACACCCUUUUGGGACUAAACAUCCAGCACUGCAAUGCAAUCAACAGCAGUACGGUUGACACACUUGUGGAGCUUCUCUGGAGGUGUGACAUCCUCUCCUGAGCUGAAAGAAAAACUAAUCUCACUGCAAUUUAGGCCAGGAUCACAUCAGCAGGAAGCUUGUUAUGCUCAGUGUUGCACAGUAGUUUUUUAGGUCCUUAACAGGUCUUCAUCGUCCAGUGACUCGGUUCCUUUUUACCGGAGUGUGCAGUCAUUUAGCCCUCAUUUUUGCAGGUUCCUUCAAUGGGAAGCCUGUUCUUUUUGGCAUCCAUUUUGCCCCCUUUUAAAUGGCUGCAUAUCUGAGAACAUAGCUACCGGGUUCUGGAGUGUAGGAAUCUUUGUUACUGGUGUUGGCACCUGAUGUUUUUAGCUCAGCUUUGCAUUGGUUUUGCCACCAUGUGUGUCUUAGUUUUCUAAGUUUUUACAGCUAGCUGUACCACUGUAUCAGUCUUUGUUUACCAAAUGUUUCAUGUGUUUGAACUAUGUUCUUCACAUGAUGUUUGGGUAUCAGUUUUACUCACAGGGCAGGUUAGAAGUUGCAGUGUCAUGUGCUGUUAUUAGCGUGGUUGCAGUUGUCAAGUUCGGUGUUAUGAAGCCUUGUUUUUAGGGACUGGCUGUGGCAGCAAGUUAUACAGGUCUGCCAUAACCACGACCUUUUUUCCCCUUUGGGAAGGGUUGUGUUUUUUUACCAAGUCCUAGUUUUUUUAAGGCUUCAUUUUUUUUGAACUUGGCACUGCACCUCCUUAUUGUCUAAUGAUAUUCAUACCUGCCCUUGUGCUGUAUGUUAUGAAAUGUAAUGAAAUAAAUAAAAUUCAGUCUCAUUCCUAGUUGCUUGAACA